CAGAGCCUACGUUCGUCUAUAGCACGGGUGCGCAGAAGAGGAAGUGGACAGCAAGCGAUAUGAUAGCUCUCACUUUUUUCUUAAGCCUUCCUCUGUCUUCCGGUGCUCGAAAAGAAUAUUUCGUGUACCCUAAAAUUGCGGAAGAGCGGUCGACUACAAGCAAUCUCGUUGUUCGGCUUAACGAAGAUAUCACUCUGAACCUUCAAAAAAGUGAAGUACUGGCGGAAAACCUUCUAUUUGUUACUGCCACGCAAGACGGACAUGAAAUUGAAACAGUCAACACAACUUCUAUUCAAGAGAAGCUGCAUCAUGAUCUCAAGGAACGAUCAUCCCUCCUUGUGCAACAAAUUGAUGGAGCGCUUCACGUUGAAGGCGUAGUGAAUAAAAAACUCAGAAUCAAGCCAAUACUCGAAGGAGAGCGCUCGGCACAAGGCCACAUGCUUCACAGUUUAUAUGAAGUACAAGAAAUAAGCGAAGAGUUGGCGAAGAUGGGUGCAUACUCGCGGUAUUACCCGCGUACACAUGCACAGGCGCAAUCGCCAUAUAGGAGAACUCAAGUGAUUUAUCCUGGAACACGUCACGUCUUCCAGAAUGCGACAUCUACAACGACCACCAGACGACCAGUGUCAUCAUUUGUGGUUGAAGUUCACAUAAUAUCUGACGAAGAGCACAGCGCACAUUUUAAAUCGAAAAUGGAAUUGAUCACUUACUUAGGAAUCAUGCUAAACGCGAUUGGCCUAAGAUAUCUUGACAUGACGACGCCCACCAUUAGAUUCAAGCUUGUUGGAGUAACAAUGAGUAAGGCGGACGUAUUCGCCAGUCUCAUUGUAGGGACCUUAGAGGCGUAUGAAACGCUCGAUAGAUUGGAAAAGUAUUACAAGGAAGGCAACAUUCCAGGAAAUCCAGACUUGAUAUACCUUAUGACCAACCGAGACAUAUCCACCAUUCAGAGAGGAUCUCUCGAGAAGCGCGUAGCAGGACUCGCAAACGUCGCUGGGGUCUGUACUGAUCGCAGAGUGGCCAUUGGCGAGGAUGUUGCUCUAUCCUACCAAGGCGUCUUCGCAAUGGCUCACGAGGUUGCCCACUUGCUCGGAGCCCGACAUGACCCGAGGGUGUCCAAUCUGUGCCCGUGGAAAGCUGGAUAUCUCAUGAGUUACGAAGAUGGCGGCACUAACAAGUACCGGCUAUCAUCCUGCAGCAUGGCCAGCAUAAGGACUACUGUAGCGUAAGCUGCGAAACUAAUUGUUUCGAAUUUUU